GCAAGAACCUUCUCGAACGUCACUAUAUUUAAAAGGCCAAUCUCUGUGAUAGCCGAAGCCACAACCGUUCAAUCGCAAAGCUCUUGUCUCCGAUCGCCUGACGGCCCAAUCUCCACAAGUUAGAGAAAAAUGAGGGGGGGAAGCUACAGUUACAGCCCUUCACCACAGCCCAGGGGUUACAGCAGCAGGCGACGUCGUAGCCCCAGCCCUAAAGGCCGCUACGGAGGAGGCCGCGGGAGGGACCUUGACACCAGUCUCUUGGUCCGCAAUCUUCGCCAUGAUUGCCGGCCAGAGGAUUUACGUGGACCGUUUGGGCAAUUUGGUCCGCUCAAGGACAUUUACUUGCCAAGGGAUUAUUAUACUGGGGAUCCACGUGGCUUUGGAUUUGUUCAGUUUGUAGACCCUGCUGAUGCAGCAGAUGCCAAGUAUCAUAUGGAUGGGCACUUUCUUUUUGGCCGGGAAUUGACCGUUGUGUUUGCUGAGGAGAAUAGAAAGAAACCUUCAGAGAUGAGAGCACGGGGUCGGUCAUAUGACAGUAGGAGGAGCGGUUAUUCUCGUUCACCACGCUAUUCUCGAACUUACUCUCGAAGUCCAGAUUAUUAUUCACCCUCCUCCAGGAGAAGGAGGUACUCAAGAUCGAUCUCUCCAAGAGAUAGGAGGUACCGGGAGCAAUCAUACUCAAGGUCUCCCUAUUAUUCAAGGAGCCGUAGCCGUAGCCGAAGUCGGACUUAUAGCAGGAGCCGCAGUCAGAGUUUGGACUACUCUCGCUAGGGCAGGAGCCGCAGUCAGAGUUUGGACUACUCUCGCUAGGGUACUCAAUAGAUUGAUUACCUGAUCAGGAGCUAGAAUCUUACGUUAGAAUUUGUGGUAUGAAUAAAAUGGGUACCAUGUGUCCUGUGAGAUGUAUUGUUUGUACCAGCUGCUGUCGUUGUGUUCUAGUACUAUUUUGUUCAGGCUUGUUUUAUGAUCAACAUUCUGUUUGAAUAUUUUGGAAUGAAUAUUUUUUGUUCAUCAAUUACUAAAUUUUGUGACUUGCUA